UCAUAGCGUCAGGCCAACCAGCCCCAAAAAUACCAUUGCUGUUGUUAAUAAUUUCCUUGCCUCUGGGAGAAUCUGCACUCCUCAUCCAUUUUGGGCAGUCUCUUUGUCUUUGGAGACUGUUUUGGCACCCGAAGGGCCCUUUUGUGGUUCCCCCUCCCACUUCAUGCUCUGGGUUUUAAAGGCCAGCUGCAAGCCACGGGCCCACCUGGGUACCGUCGGGGAGGGCAAAGAAAGCCUCAAACCCCAGCGCUGCCUGGCUGCACAGCAGGUCCCUUCUACCCCUGGAUCAGUGGAUAUGAAGCUCGACCCCGUCGCAGACAAGCCCCCAGCACAAGCCGCUCCCCUCUAUAUGGGAGCAUCUGCAGCCCCCACAGGAAAGCAUCCCAAGCAGGUGAACUCCAAGGAACCAGGGUUCAGCCAAGGCACAUCCCAUGGCCCCCCACCUCCCAAGGGGAAGGGGAGGCAGGGACUGCACUGCAUCACCUGCAUCAGUUUGGUAUCUCGUCCCAGCCAGCUGAAACAACAGCUGCCCCCAGGUCAGACCCAUGCUCCUCCUCUGGACCCUGCCUGUGCACGCAGCACCUGCACCCAGCAGCCCAGAUCCUGCCUGUGGCCUCAGCACCCCAAAACCUGCCUGCAGACCCAGAAUGAGCACCCCAGGCCCUACCAAGGGACUCAACACCCAAAUCCAGCACACCAGAUCCUGCCUCUGCGCUCAGCACCUGAACUCAGUGCUGCCCGUCCUGACUGUGGUCCCGGCACCCUAAUCUCAGCACUCAGACCCUACCUGCGCAUGCAGCAUCCAGAUCCAGUAACCAGACUCAGCUCUCCAGAUCCUGCCUAUGGACUCAGCACCCAGACCCAGCACCCUCAACCCUGCCUGUGGAUUCAGCACCCAAACCCCACCUGUGCAUGCAGGACCAAGAUCCAGUAACCAGAUUCGGCUCUCUGGAUCCCACCCAUGGACUCAGCACCCAGACCCAGCACCCACAGUCCAGUCUGUGGCCCGGAACUGAGACGCAGCACUUCAGACCCAGCACCCUUUACCCUUCCUGUGGACUCAGCAUCCAAGCCCAGCACCUAGACUCCACCUGCGCAUGCAGCACAUGGACCCAGCAACCAGAUCCAGCUCUAUGAAUCCUUCCUAUGGAAUCAGAAACAGCAUUCACAAUGCUGCCUGUGGACCUGGACUGAGACAGCACCCCAGCACCCAGACCCCACCUGUGCAUGCAGCACACAGAUCCAUUGACCAGACCCAGCUCUCCGGAUCCCACCUAUGGACUCAGCACGCAGAUCCAGUGACCAGAUCCAGCUCUCCGGAUGCUGCCUAUGGACCCAGUACCCACAAUCCUGCCUGUGGCCUCGAACUGAGACCCAGCACUUCAGACCCAGCACCCUCUACUCUACCUGUGGACUCAGCAUCCAAGCCCAUUAACCAGAUCCAGCUCUACGGAUCCUGCCUAUGGACCUGGACUGAGACACAGCACCACAGCACCAGACCCCACCUGCGCAUGCAGCACCCGGAUCCAGUGACCAGACCCAGCUCUCCAGAUCCCACCUACGGACUCAGCACCCCGACCCAGCACCCCGAUCCGGAUUCAGCAUCCGGCCGCUCCCGUCCCCGCUCGCGUCUCCC